GCCGCCGUGCCAUUUGACAGUAAAGUACUCGAGCAGUGCGUUGCUCCGUUUGUGGUGAAACCGGUUUGUCUACACAACUACAAUAACUAAUUUAACAACAAAAUGGCUUCAAGAGAUCCCGCGUCUGACCAACUUGUCAACUACAGCAAAUGCGUAAAGGACUCACCUGGUUACAUAACGACCAAGUCCGGAGCCCCGAUCGGGGUAAAGACCGCCAUCCAGACGGUCGGCAAGAAUGGGCCCUCCUUGCUGCAGGAUGUCAACUUCCUCGAUGAAAUGUCGUCGUUCGACAGGGAGCGCAUCCCGGAGCGAGUCGUGCACGCAAAGGGCGCCGGCGCCUUCGGCUACUUCGAGGUGACCCACGACAUCACUAAAUACUCAGCGGCAAAAGUAUUCGAGUCCAUCGGCAAGAGAACCCCGAUCGCAGUCAGGUUCUCUACUGUGGGGGGCGAGAGCGGGUCCGCCGACACCGUCCGCGACCCCAGGGGCUUCGCCGUCAAGUUCUACACUGACGACGGCAACUGGGAUCUGGUGGGCAACAACACUCCCAUCUUCUUCAUCAGAGACCCCACUCUGUUCCCCAGUUUCAUUCACACACAGAAGAGAAACCCCGCGACGCAUCUUAAGGAUCCCGACAUGUUCUGGGACUUCCUGACCCUCAGGCCGGAGACGAGUCACCAGGUUAUUUACCUGUUCGGCGACCGCGGCAUUCCCGACGGAUACAGGCACAUGAACGGCUACGGCUCGCACACUUUCAAACUCGUAAAUGCUCAAGGAGUCGCGCAUUGGGUCAAGUUCCACUACAAAACCAACCAGGGCAUCAAAAACUUGCCAGUCGACAAGGCCGCCGAGCUCGCCUCAUCGGACCCCGACUACUCGAUAAGGGACCUGUACAACGCUAUUGGCAAAGGCGAUUUCCCUAGCUGGACCCUGUACAUCCAAGUCAUGACAAUGGCCCAGGCCGAGAGCUGCAAAUUCAAUCCGUUCGACCUAACUAAGGUGUGGCCGCACUCGGACUACCCCCUGAUUCAGGUCGGUAAGCUGGUGUUGGACAAGAACCCCAAAAACUACUUUGCCGAGGUGGAGCAAAUCGCCUUCAGUCCAUCAAACCUGGUACCCGGCAUAGAGCCCUCGCCCGACAAGAUGCUCCAGGGCCGCUUGUUCGCGUAUAGCGACACGCACCGCCACCGGCUCGGCGCCAACUUCCUGCAGAUCCCUGUCAAUUGCCCGUACCGCGUCGCCGUCACCAACUACCAGCGCGACGGCCCGCAGGCACUGCAGAACCAGGAGGGCGCCCCCAACUACUUCCCGAACUCUUUCUCGGGGCCGCAGGAGUGCCCACGCGCGCAACGCCUGCAGCCGCGCUACAACGUAUCGGGCGACGUGGAUCGCUACGACAGCGGCCAGACGGAGGACAACUUCACACAGGCCACCGCUCUCUACAAGCAAGUGUUCGACGAUGCGGAGAAGGCGCGCUGCGUGGCCAACAUCGUGGGCAACCUGAAGGACGCUGCCGGUUUUAUUCAGGAGCGCGCCGUCAAGAUAUUCUCGCAGAUACACCCCGACCUCGGCAGCAAGGUGGCCGCCGGACUCGCCCCCUACAAGAAGUAUCACGCCAACUUGUAAAUUAUAUAUUAUAUGGGACUGAUUUGGGUGCUAUCUUAUUCUAGCCGAUGUAUACUUACGGUGUGGAUAUGUUAUAGUGCACGCUGCAUUUUUUUAUUAUACUAUAGUCACUGUUAAUCAUUUUAAUAUAUAAUAUUUUUUCUUUU